CACGGCCAAAUCAACUUCUUUGUGCUGCUCUGGUGACUCUUCCCGGCUCCAGCUCUGCCUAAGAUGGAUUCCUUCAAGCUCUGCCCUGCCUAACAUGGAUGCCCCACCACCUCCUCCACCACCACCUCCACCAUCAUCUUCCUCAGCUGAGUCGAAGGGCUAUUUCUUCUUGGCGCAGUGAGCUGGACACGCAGUGCUUUCCUUUUUUCUUUUUCUUUUUUCUUUUUGGUCAAAUGGAUGUGGGGAAACCGUUGGCCAGUCCGCCUGUGGUGAUCAUGCCGUGAUCUUGCAGUCGCCCUGGUUCACUGUUGAAAGGGUGAAAGAAAAUAAAGAACAAACAUCUGGGGAUUUACGCCGAUUCAGGGAAUUUAAAAAAAAAAAGAGAAAAAAAAGAAUCCUGUGCACCACUCAAGCACAAUGAAGAUUGCCUCCUUGCUGAUGUUUAGCGCGAGAACCAGGUGCACCGUCAGGCUUCUACUGCUGCUAUUACAAUGUGUGGGAUAUUCUCAUGGGAUGCCACAUGUCCUGAGAUUUGGAGGGAUAUUUGAAUCCAUUGAAAGUGGGCCAUCAGGUGCUGAGGAACUAGCCUUUAAAUUUGCUUUAAACACAAUCAACAGGAACAGAACCCUACUGCCAAACACCACGCUCACCUACGACAUCCAAAGGAUAAACAUCUAUGACAGCUUUGAGGCCUCCAGGAAAGCCUGUGACCAGCUUUCUUUGGGGGUGGCAGCCAUCUUCGGCCCCUCUCACAGUUCCUCUGCAAAUGCGGUCCAGUCCAUUUGUAAUGCGCUCGGGGUGCCACACAUCCAGACCAAGUGGAAACACCAAGUAUCAGACAACAGGGAUGUCUUCUACGUCAGCCUCUACCCAGACUUUUCCUCCCUCAGCCGGGCCAUUCUCGACCUGGUCCACUUCUUCAAGUGGAAGACGGUCACUGUGGUUUAUGAUGACAGCACAGGUCUGAUUCGACUGCAAGAACUUAUAAAGGCUCCAUCCCGGUACAACAUCCGGCUAAAGAUCCGACAGCUGCCUGCAGAGACCAAGGAUGCCAAGCCGCUUUUAAAGGAGAUGAAGAGGGGGAAGGAGUUCCACAUUAUCUUUGACUGUGGCCACGAAAUGGCAGCUGGGAUCCUAAAGCAGGCUCUUGCCAUGGGAAUGAUGACAGAGUACUAUCACUACAUCUUCACCACACUGGAUCUGUUUGCACUUGAUGUGGAGCCUUACCGAUACAGUGGUGUGAACAUGACAGGAUUCCGGAUCCUCAACACGGAGAACAGCCAGGUGGCCUCCAUCAUUGAGAAAUGGUCCAUGGAGCGACUGCAAGCUCCACCAAAACCUGACUCUGGUCUACUGGACGGCUUCAUGACCACGGACGCCGCACUGAUGUAUGAUGCCGUGCACGUGGUGGCCGUGGCUGUGCAGCAGUCUCAGCAGAUCACUGUCAGCUCAUUACAGUGCAACCGACACAAGCCGUGGCGCUUUGGGAACCGCUUCAUGGCCCUCAUCAAAGAGGCUCACUGGGAUGGUCUGACUGGGAGAAUCAAUUUCAACCGGACCAACGGUUUGAGGACAGACUUCGACCUCGAUGUCAUCAGUCUGAAGGAGGAGGGACUUGAGAAGAUCGGUACCUGGGACCCUCCAAGUGGCCUGAACAUGACUGACAACCAGAAGGGGAAGACGACUAAUGUCUCUGAUUCCUUAUCCAAUCGGUCCCUGGUUGUCUCCACCAUACUGGAAGAGCCAUAUGUGAUGUUCAAGAAGUCUGACAAGCCACUGUAUGGGAACGACCGCUUUGAGGGCUACUGUAUAGACCUGCUGAGAGAGCUGGCCAACAUCCUUGGCUUUACUUACGAGCUUCGUCUGGUGGAAGAUGGGAAAUACGGAGCUCAGGAUGAGAACACAGGCCAGUGGAACGGGAUAGUCAAAGAGCUAAUGGACCACAGAGCUGAUCUGGCAGUGGCUCCCCUUGCCAUCACAUACGUGCGCGAGAAGGUUAUCGACUUCUCCAAGCCCUUCAUGACGCUGGGUAUAAGUAUACUGUACCGCAAGCCCAACGGAACCAACCCCGGAGUCUUCUCCUUCCUCAACCCUCUCUCGCCUGAUAUCUGGAUGUAUAUUCUGCUGGCUUACUUGGGUGUCAGUUGUGUGCUGUUUGUCAUAGCCAGGUUUAGUCCCUACGAGUGGUAUAACCCCCACCCUUGCAACCCUGACUCGGAUGUAGUGGAAAACAAUUUCACCCUGCUAAAUAGUUUCUGGUUCGGAGUUGGAGCUCUCAUGCAGCAAGGAUCUGAGCUCAUGCCGAAAGCCCUCUCCACCAGAAUUGUAGGAGGAAUCUGGUGGUUUUUCACGCUCAUCAUUAUAUCCUCCUAUACUGCAAACCUGGCAGCCUUCCUCACGGUAGAGAGGAUGGAAUCACCCAUCGACUCUGCUGACGACCUGGCCAAGCAGACGAAAAUAGAAUAUGGGGUGAUAGAGGAUGGAGCUACCAUGAACUUCUUUAAGAAAACCAAGAUCUCCACGUAUGACAAGAUGUGGGAGUUCAUGAGCAGCCGGAGGCACUCGGUUAUGGUGAAGAACAUUGAGGAAGGUAUUCACCGUGUGCUCACGUCAGACUACGCGUUCCUCAUGGAGUCCACCACGAUCGAGUUUGCCGUACAGCGCAACUGCAACCUCACACAGGUCGGAGGCCUUAUCGACUCCAGAGCCUACGGUGUUGGUACACCAAUGGGCUCCCCCUACAGAGAUAAGAUCACCAUUGCCAUCCUGCAGCUUCAGGAGGAAGGGAAGCUGCACAUGAUGAAGGAGAAAUGGUGGCGAGGAAAUGGAUGCCCAGAAGAGGAAAGUAAGGAGGCCAGUGCCCUCGGCGUGCAGAACAUCGGAGGGAUCUUCAUCGUCCUCGCCGCCGGACUUGUCCUCUCCGUGUUCGUGGCUGUGGGAGAGUUCAUCUACAAGUCCAAACAAAACGCACAACUCGAAAAGGCCCAAUGGCGACAACGAGAUAAGAAACAGGUCCUUCUGCAGUGCCGUGGUGGACGAGCUGCGGAUUUCCCUCAAGUGCCAGCGCCGGCUCAAACACAAGCCCCAGCCCCCAGUCAUGGUGAAAACGGAGGAGGUCAUCAACAUGCACACUUUCAACGACCGCAGACUGCCAGGGAAAGAGACCAUGGCCUAAAAUGGGAUCCUUGGGAAUCUCAAUCACAUUCUCACCCUCUCUCCUGCAGUGAGAAGUUGUGCAGAGACACUGGGGAAAGAGGUAGGGGUAAAUGGUAAGGGGGAGGGAGUCGGAUUGUGAUUGUUGACAGCUGGGUUAUGUCAGAGAGCAGAUAUUGGUUGUACAUUGGGGAAAUGUCAUUCUUGUUUAUUUAAAAUUAGUUAGGGAUAAGAGAUUCAACAAUAUUUCCUGUGGAAAUAACUUGAACCUGGGUAAAAUUUCAGUGAGUUACCUCAUUACUCUUACCACCUUGGCAAGGUGACAAAGGAUUUUCAGAACCCAGGAGUGUAAGAGGUAGUCUGCAAAUAAAUUCAAAUCGGGACAGCAGUGGUUAAUGGGAGAAAAAUCAAAAAGAAAAGAAAAGAAAAGAAACUGAACCUAACAUCCUCAGCUGCUGCUCUGUCAGUCUUUCACCGCACACUUCGAACGAGGCUGGUCGAGCAGCCUCGCGAGCAUCUCAUAAAUGUUGAGUGGAUAUAGACAGUAAGAAGCUGUGGGAAAGAGGAAGAGGUCUGUAUAAGAUUUUUUUUUUUUUUAAUUGUUAUUAUUAGUAGUAAACAGAAUGACCACAGUGACUCUUGACUAAAUUCAAUUCCCCGAAGACCAGAACCACUGCAGCUCCUAAACUGUAUAGAGAGGUAUUGCUUAGUUGCAUACGAUAUUGAUGAAUAUCAGAAAUUGAUGAACUGUAUAUCAUCCAUCAGGCAAUAAGUGAUAUCAUUUAUUUGUGUUUCAGAGUACUAACAUUAUGUCUUUAAUGUAGGGGGGGAGGGGUGGUUUUAAGAUUUAAGAUUUAUAUGGUAAAAUACAAGCAGCGAAUGCAGGAGUAGGAGCAAUGUAGUGACCCGUUGAUGUCCAUGUAUCAGCCAGUAGUCAUUUAAUAAUAAGGAUUCUGUGGAGGUACACACCCAUAAUAUUAAUGAGGAUAAACCCUGGAAUGUCUAAAUUCACAGCAAUCACGAAAACACAAACUAUUUAUUCUAUUUAUUGUUUUAUUUAUGAUACUCCGUAUUUAUAUCUCUACGGACUGGAUUUUCACUACUGCAGUAAAUACACCUCAACUCUGUAUGGGUACACACGUUAUUUUCGUUUGCUCGGUAUCAAGUGUCUAGUUUAAUUUUGUACUCCUGUGGCUUUAUUUCCUUCUCCUUCUUUUGGCAGCAAAGCCCCACAUUUACUUGUGCAAAUGCAAUUUCUAUGAACAAAAAAAAAGUGUUUUUGUACGAAAAUAAUCAAAUUUUGUAAUGAUUUUUAUCAACACAAAAUACAUCAUGAAGUCAUCCAUGGCAGAGAGGUGGUUCUACUCCACACUGGUAUUUCAGGAGGCUUAGACUGAGCUGACACACAUGCACACACACAUGCACACACACACACACAGACAGAGCGCAGGGUGGACCCAUUCUCCAUGGAGCAGAUUCACUCCAAUUAGUUCUCCAUAGGGGCCGAACAUACUGGUAAAGCAUCAGUGACAAUGUUGUUUCAGAGAAGAAGAAGAAGAAGAAGAAGAGGAAGAAGAAAAAAAUUUACUAUUUUUUAAUCAUGUAAAGGAAUCAUAUUUAAAGAGGUAUUUUUACUUCACAUGAAAUAAGAGUAUUGGUAAAACUGGUUAGAGCUACUAUACCGUGUACACACACAAACACACACACAGGAAGGCAGAGGGAAGGACUGCUGAUGAUGUUUAUCAUUCUACACCCCCGAUUACUGAUAGACUGCUAGAAACCAGUGCUGAGCAAAAUUGUGUGUAAAUGGUUUUAAAAAGGAAAAAGAUGUAUUUAAACAAACUAAAACACUUAACUAAUUUUGAACUUGUGAAAAAUAAAUAGAGUGCACACAGUUUACCCUUUGAAGUUGAUGCACAAGUUUAAAGAAAAUUAAAAAAAAAAGGAUUCAUAA